AUGGCUUUCAACGUUGCUAGCCUCUGGCAAGCGCCGAAGCUCAAUCCUGUCAAUGGAAAGGCUCGUUCGAUUCCCGUCCUCAAUCCGUUCGACAGACAUGGACGUGUCUUUUUCUUUUCCUGGCUCGGGUUCAUGGUUGCGUUUCUCUCAUGGUACGCCUUUCCGCCUCUGUUGACCUUGACCAUCAAGAAAGAUCUCAAGCUCACCCCAACAGAGAUUGCCAACUCCAACAUUGUUGCUCUCGCAUCCACUCUAUUCGUUCGCAUCCUGUCUGGCCCCUCAUGCGACUACUUUGGUCCCAAAAUCACCUUUGUAACCUGCCUGUUCCUCGGCGCCAUUCCCUCAGCGCUCGCCGGCACCGUCACCACCGCCAACGGCCUUAUUGCCCUGCGUUUCUUCGUCGGCGUCCUCGGCGGCACCUUUGUACCCUGCCAAGUAUGGACCACGAGCUUCUUUGACAAGAACGUCGUCGGCACCGCCAACGCGCUCACCGCUGGAUGGGGCAACGCCGGCGGCGGCAUCACCUACUUUGUAAUGCCCGCCAUCUUUGACUCGCUCGUGGCGCGCCAGCACCUGACACCCCACGUUGCGUGGCGCGUCGCCUUUUUCGUGCCGUUUCUUCUCAUCACUUUCACUGCGCUGGGCAUGAUGCUGUUCUGCGACGACUGCGCGACGGGCAAGUGGUCGGAGCGCCACGACGCCGUCAAGGGCAAUCUGCGCCGCCAUGGCCUCGAGAUGCCCGUGUCGAGCGCGCAGGAAAAAGCGUUGCCCGCCGCCGAGGAUGCUUUCGCAGAGCGGAUGGGGCACGAGGUCGUCUGCCACGACGCCGAGUUCAGCGACCAGGAACUUCUUGAUGUUGCCCACGGCGAGGUCGUCAAGAGCCCGACCUUCAAGGACGCUGUCAUGGUGAUGAUCAGCCCUCAGACUGUCGUACUUGCUGCCGUCUACAUGUGCUCUUUCGGCGCCGAACUAGGCAUCAACUCCAUCCUCGGCGCCUAUUACUUCAAAAACUUCGAGGUCCUAGGACAGACCAGCAGCGGUCGCUGGGCAGCCAUGUUUGGGCUUCUCAACUUCGCCUUCCGGCCCCUCGGAGGUGUCUUCUCCGACGUCCUCUAUCGCGCCACUGGCAACGUCUGGUCCAAGAAGAUAUGGCUUUGCUCCGUCGGCGUCGUCUGCGGCGCCUUCCAGAUCGCCAUCGGUCUGACCGACCCCCACUCGCAGUCCACCAUGUUCGGCUUAAUGGCCGGUAUGGCUUUUUUUCUCGAAGCCGGCAACGGCGCCUGCUUCUCCCUCGUGCCGCACGUUCACCCCGCCAGCAACGGCAUCAUCUCCGGCGUGGCGGGCGCCGCUGGCAACCUCGGCGGCAUCAUAUUUGCCAUCAUCUUCCGUUAUCAGGGCGCCGACUAUGCAAAGACGUUUUGGAUUAUGGGCGUCAUUACCAUUGCCAUCAACCUGCUCGCGUCCUGGGUCAAGCCUCUCCCCGCUGGCCAGGUAGGCGGUCGCUAA